GUUAGUUCCGUAGUUACCAUAACAACAGAACUAUAUACGGAAAUAAUUACAAGCAGCAGAAGAUACAAACCAGCGAAUAAGCACCCCAACGAAGAAGAUGGCAAGUCCGCAAACAUCUGAGCAGCCCCCGCCGCAUAUUGACCCCACACAGGCGCCGGUGGCUUUCGGUAGCUGGGCGAUCCCGAAGCUGAUGCUGGAGCUGCAGGACGCGGAGCUGUUUCCCCGGCAGAGGGCGCUCGCUGCACUCUGCGACCUCGUCCACGACCAUGAGCGGGCCUAUGAAGCCAUUCUCAGCGGGUGUAUGGAAAGACUUAAAGUUUUGCUGCAAGAUGAAGAUGACUUAGUCAGGGUCAAAACCACUGAAGUGCUUUAUGUGCUUGCUUCACACAGCUUGGGAAGAGAUGGCUUUUUGAAAUUUGACAUUGUGGGUCGCCUUGCAAACCUGAUUGAGGACCCUGUGAAUGCCUGCCGUAAAAACGUGCACCAAGCACUCAACAGGAUCGCUGAAUUUCCUUCAGGAGCGGUCUUCAUGGUGUCCAUGGGGCUGGUGCCCAAACUAGUGCUUAAGGUCUCAGAUGAAGAAGAGAGCAUCCGUGCUUUAAUUCUCUCCACACUGAGCUGCUGUGUGAGUGUGAACGCCCUUCCUGCGCUGGAGAGUGAUGCGGUUCCUGUCCUGAGAGAUCAGCUCUCUCACCCCUCCCCUGCCAUCCGCCAGGCAGCCACCUCUGCUUUAGUGGGAAUCAGUGUGCCUGCAGAUGGGAAGAUGAAGGUGUGUGAGGAGCAUCUUCUGCCCAUAUUAGUCAAGCUGCUGUCGGAUGAUGAGCAAGGAGUUGUCGCUAAUGCUGCAGGAACCAUUAUGAACACGGCCGUUAUCACUAAGGGUAAGACCGAGGCUCUGAACGCAGGUGCCAUCGCCCCUCUGCUGCAGCUGGUGGUGAGUGAGAAUACAGCGGUGUGUGCCAAUGCCCUCCGUGCCCUUACAGUCCUGGCAGAGGUUCCUAGGGCCCGGGCACAGCUGCUGGAGCAUGUGCCUCUGCUGAAUACCAGACUAACACACCCCAACACCAUCAUCCAGAGAGCUGCAUCCACUGCCAUUGAAGUCAUCUCCUGGAAACCAUGAGAGAAACAAGAGUUCUCCUGAUAGAAGACCUGGUGGUGUGAUAUAAAAGAAAGAAUUAGCCACACUUAUUUUUUAAAGAAAAAUAAAGUUAAAAGAACAGAAUAAUACUAAGAAUACUGAUGGAUGUGACGUUGUUUGUUUAGAAUGCAAAAUCUGUUAUAGAUAAGCUGCGUAGCAACUAUUCCAACUUGUGUACGUGACUGAAACGUUUCAUAAAUGUUAAUCAAUAUAGUAUAAACGUGAUAAACGUAUAUUGCAAGACAA